GCGGGGCUCCGCCGCCCUCCAUCGCCGCCGGCACCGGGCUCAGCACAUCGCGCAGGCACCGCCACCCGCUCCCGGCUCCUGCCGCGUCCGGGUCGCCGCCAUUCGCCGCUCGGCCCCGCCCCGGGGCGGGCUCAGGGGGCUGCGGAACUACAGCUCCCGGCGGCCCCCGCGGCCGCUCCCCCUUCCCUCCCCCCGCGGCUUCCGGCCGGCCCGGGGAUGGCGCGGUGCUGAAAGGCGCGGGGCGCGCGGCGGCGCGCGCGGGCCUCCCAGCGCCAUGUACAGGAAACACCUCCAGGAGAUCCCAUCCUCCAGCACUAAUGUUUCCACCAGCUUAGACUGGGACUCCAGCAAGACCCUGGAGUUUGUCUCGAGCGUUCCUCUCGGAGCGCCUGUCCUUAAGAAAGAAAAGCUGGGCAAUGAAAACACGCCACAAGACCUGGUGUCAUCAGGCUGUCCUGCUCCAAAACGGCAGAAGGAGUUUGUUAUUGUGCGCCGGCCGUGGCUGCUCCGAGAGGCAGAGCCAGGUGUUUCUCUGGAUGCGCUUCCAGAUGAAUUACUUUUGGCCAUCUUUGCAUAUUUGCCCCUAAAGGACUUGCUAAAAGUUUCAGUGAUUUGCAAGAGGUGGCAUCGUCUUGCGUUUGAUGAAUCUCUCUGGCAGACUCUUGAUCUGACUGGUGGGAACCUGCUACCAGGAGUGCUUGGACAAUUGCUUCCUGCAGGUGUUACUGUAUUCCGCUGCCCAAGAGCCUGUAUUGGGAAUCCAUUGUUUAAAACAACCCAACUUCUCAGACUUCAGUACCUGGAUUUGUCAAACUGCACGAUGUCUGUUGCAGAUCUCCAGAGUAUUCUUUGUCUAUGUGAAAGACUGCAGAACCUCAGCUUGGAGGGACUAGUGCUUUCUGACAUCAUCAUCAAGAGCAUUGCUAGGAAUCCCAAUUUGAUACGAUUAAAUCUUUGUGGGUGCUCAGGGUUCUCUGCAGAAGCCUUGGAGAUGAUGUUGAGCAGCUGCUCUGUGCUGGAGGAGCUGAACUUGUCCUGGUGUGACUUCACAGCCACACAUGUCAAAUCAGCAGUCAGUCACAUUACUUCACAAGUCAACCAAUUAAAUUUAAGUGGAUACAGAGAGAAUCUACAAAUAGCAGAUGUGAAAACACUGGUGGAAAGAUGUCCUUUUCUUGUCCAUUUAGAUCUCAGCGACAGCAUGAUGUUAAAGCCUGAGUGCUUCCAGUAUUUUCGGCAACUCAUGUUCCUCCAACAUCUUUGUCUUAGUCGAUGUUAUCAGAUAUCACCUGCUGCCUUGGUAGAACUUGGUGAAAUUCAAACAUUGAAGACGCUGCAGGUGUUUGGGAUAGUGACUGACAGCUCCCUGCAGCUCCUCGAGGAAGCACUGCCUGCAGUGAAGAUCAAUCGUUCUCACUUUACAACCAUUGCAAGGCCAACUGUUGGCAACAAAAAGAACCAUGAGAUUUGGGGAAUCAAAUGCAGAUUGACACUGAGAAAUUCUAGUUUCUUAUGAUCAUGUACAAUGCACUGGAUGCAAUGGACACACUGUGCAUUGAAGCUCCUUAAGAAACAAAGUGCUGGAGCACCUUUAAUCAUAGUACUGUUAUUGUAAAAAGCAUUCUAAUUUGGUCUUACACUUUAAUGAUGUUUCACAGUAUUUCGUAGCAUUGUUUGUACUUAAAGCCUUUAGAGAUCUGACGAUCUGUGAGCAAUUGUAGAAUUUUUGAGGCUUUUUUUUUCUUUAUACAGGGGAUCUUUGAAAAAUACUAUGAAACAAUCACUGUAAUUAAACAAUGCCAGCCUCUAACAACUGUUGCAAGUUCUGAUGCAGCUUUUAUUGCACUGAACUAAAGUGUUCUAAAGGUGCUUUUGGUUAACUCUUGCAAUUAACUCCUGGAAGAGUUAACUCCUCUUAGUUAACCUUUGGUUAACUCCUGCAACAGCUUGCAGAGGUGCUAGAUAUCUUAAUAAGGUUUAUUAAGGAAUUUGCAGAGCUCAAAGUGAGUAAGAUAUUAAACCUAUUCAACUACUUAAUUGAACAAGAUGCACAGUAGGAUGAGAAGCUGUGAGCACAACAGAGUCUGAAUUAAUCAAACUUGAAAACAGUAAAUUGGGGAUGUCUACACUAAAGCAGCUAAGAGAGCUCAAUACCAUAUCAAGUUAGGAAGCAGCAUAAAUGAGCUACAGCGAAGUUUUUACUUAGCAGGCCACAAAUGAUACUUUUGUCUUUAGUAUUGUGCACUGUUAGCAAAAUACAGUCUGAGAAGCUCAUUCAGAAUUAGCAUCUGUAGAAACAGAUGUUGGUUAUCCAUGCUGGUUUCACAUGGUAAUGCUAGGUUUUCUGAUUAAGUGUUACAGAACCUUCGUGUAGCUUCUGUGAGUCUGAUCUCAGACAAAACUUCCUCCAAAGAGUAAGAUCUUUCAACUGCAACUGAUAUAGUGGUAGAAAUCUUACAGGAGGAAGGCUCAAAUGGUUCUAGAUAUGACCAAAAAACCAAAUCAUGGGACUGCAGCACAAGAAUGCUAGAGGGAAGAGAUGCUUUGGUGCUAGCAAGAAACAUGAAUUUUUCUUUUGUAAUAGUUUAUGUUUGUAGUAGCACUUCACUUUUUGUAUCUGUAUCACUAACCACUAUUGUCUAGUGUGGAUUUUUUUUUUUUAAGUCGUAGGAAAA